UCGCCCAUGACAACCGUAUCUUUUGUCUAUCAUUACAUUGUUUAACAUCUCAUAUAGAUACUUCACUUAGCAGCCCAGGAUGAAAAGAUGUCGAGCAUUCGUAUCGGGAUCUGUUUUAUUGCAAUCAAAUGACGUCAUCACCGUCCCUCCCCUGAUAUGGCCUGUUGGGUUAUUCUACACACUGACGUAACCUUCAAAUCAAUAUCAUUAUUGUCCCCUUACCUACCUAUCAAGUUAACAUUUUACCGAUAACCUGUGCAGAAUGUUGUGUGUUUACAUAUAAUGAUAUUUGGUCUACGUAGUAUAUGGUAGGCGCUUAAACUUGACGAAAGAAGCAUUAACCCACGAGCCAGUCGUCAUGACCUCCACUCACGAACACCCAGCCAAAAACGGACCUGUGCCUCUCAUCAGUCCCCACCUUAAGGAAUACGGCGCCGCACACAACAUCCUCUUCAAUGAGAAAAUAAAAAAUCUGAUUGCAUCGGGGAGGAAAAUCUACCACCUUGGCUUCGGACAAUCGCCAUUCCCGCUCUAUGAGGGUGCAGUGGAGGCGCUGAAGGAAUUCGCCGCGGAAAAGUCAUAUCUUCCAACUGAGGGUAUUCCAUCGUUGAGGAAGGCUAUCUGCAGCUUUCACAAAAAGUACGAUGACUUUGAUUUCGAUCCCAGUCAAGUCGUCGUUGGCCCCGGAUCCAAGGAACUCAUCUUCUUGUUGGUCAGUGUAUUCAACGGAGAUGUGUUGCUAUUGGCACCAACGUGGCCAACGUACAAACCGCAGGUACAGCUGGGACACAAGCGGGACAUCAUCAUAGACACUGGGGCUGAGAACGGCUGGAAGAUUACACCACGACUCAUUGAAAAGGCUGUGAAAGAAAAUGACCUCCACCCAAACCGAAUGCUGAUUCUUUGCAACCCGGACAACCCAACGGGUGUCAGCUACACAAAGGAAGACUUCGAAGCAUUGGCCGUUGCAUUUCGAAAACACAACAUUCUUGUGUUGAGUGAUGAAAUUUACGCCCGGCUCCACCACACUCAGGACCAUGUCUCGAUGGCCACAUUCUAUCCAGAAGGGACCAUUCUGAGUACUGGGAUGUCAAAGUGGGCAAGUGCUGGGGGUUGGAGGAUGGGGUACCAUAUAUUUCCGCAAGAAUUAGAUGUUAUAAAAAAUGCUGUUAAAAGUGCUGGAAGUCAUACUUAUUCCUGUUGUCCUGCACCAAUGCAGUACGCCAUUGCUAAGAUGCUAUCAGAGGAAAAGGGCGUUGAAGAUUUCAUACGACACACCGCAAAAAUCAUGGCGGUCGCGGCUAAUUUUGUGCACCGAGAACUGACAUCUGUUGGAGUAAAGGUCGUGAAGCCAGGUGGAGCAUAUUACAUGUUCCCCGAUUUUGAGGUCAUCCGGCCCGCCCUGAACAAGAGGGGGCUGACGACUGGUGAGGAAAUGACUGCCGCCAUGUUGGAGGAGGCUUCCGUAGCUCUGAUGGCGGGUGGACCAGCCUUCAUCCGACCCCUUGAGGAGCUCACCGUACGACUGUGUUUCGUCAACUUCGAUGGUGCGGAAGCUCUUCGGGUCAGUCGAAAUUUAGGGCUGGAGAAAGAACUGAACGACGAGUUUCUGAAGCUGUACUGUACUCAACUUUAUGACGGGAUAAAGGCACUGAGUAGCUGGGUACUGGCACAACUCAGGACGGUGUAAUGACGUGGGAAUGAUCUUAUCGGGUAGUCUCUCCUAUGAGAAAGAUGGAAGUAAAAACCACCGGCCUGCAUCACAUAAUUAUUAUUCAAAUAAGGCAAAAGCUCAAAUCUGAGUCAAAUGUUGAUGAACAUCAUUAUGGACGUAUGUUGUGUUAAAAUCAUACACUCACUUGGCGUUUUGACUAUAUUCGGAACAGGUGGUAGAACUCUAAUUUAAAGUUGUAUUUAUUGGUAGCUAGUUCAUUUAUUCUCGUCAGUAACUGAAAAAAAUGUUCAAUGCGUUUUACUCGAUCCACUCACCAAUAACAUCCCAAGCCCGACAAUAACCGAUUUGUACUAUCGCCUCGAUGGGUAGAGUCGAAACAGCCGAACACAAUAGUAGGCCUUUCACAGCCAUAAAAGGGGUGGGAUAUCUAUUCAAGAGUUAAGAACGUAAUCGUCAUAAAUAGUCGUGACUCUACAGCGGAAGAAACGAAGACAAGAUAUCCCACCGCUUUUAUGGCUGCGAAAGGCAUACAAUCAUGUCCGGUUGUUUAGGCUCGACCCAUCGAGGCGGGAGUAGAAAUCGGGUAUUGUCGGGCUUGGGAUCUUAUUGGUGAGUGGAUCCAGUAUGUUGUUCGAAAAUUCUAAUUAUAUGAAAGGUCUCAAAUCA